UUGGAAACCCAAAAUGCAAAAUUCUCUGAUAACCUGAGAGAUCUAAUCGGGCUUUUAGAUACUGUUCUCUUUACCCACCAGCCUACUUGGGAUGACUGCCAACAGCUCUUGCAGGUUCUCUUCACCACCGAGGAAAGAGAACGAAUUCAGGUGGAAGCCUGGAAGUCUGUCCUGGGAGAGGAUAGACAGCCGACUCAAAACCCAGACCUCAUAAAUGCUGCCUUCCCUUUAUCCUAGGGAUAUCCAUGUAGUCCCAUCUGGGACUACAACUCAGCUGAAGGUAAGGAGAGACUCCGGGUCUACCACCAGACUCUAGGGGCAGGUCUCAAGGCUGCCGUGCACAAGCCUACCAAUCUGGCCAAGGUCUAUGAUAUGAGGCAGGGUAAGGAUGGGAGUCCAGCAGCCUUCUUAGAGAGAAUCAUAGAGGCUUUUAGACAGUACACCCCUAUGAAUCCAGAAGCCCCGGAAACAAAGGCUGCAAUUAUCAUGGCUUUUGUUAACCAGGCCGCUCUGGAUAUUAAAAAGAAAUUACAAAGAGUAGAGAGACUGGGAGAAAAGAGCUUGCAGGCCUUAGCGAUAGAGGCAGAACGAGUCUAUAAUAAUAGAGAAAGUCCAGAAGAACAACAAACCAAACUAAGUGACCGGCAGACCCGAAACCUGGCCAAGAUCCUGCUGGCCACAACCAUGGACGACCCACAGGAAAGACGAAGGCACCUCAAGAAGCUGGCUUCAGGGACCGAUAAGGAGGAUGGCCCUGGUCCCCGUCGGGAGUGCCCUAAGCUGAACAAAAACCAAUGCACUUAUUGCAAAGAGGAGGGCCAUUGGGUGAAAAGCUGCCCUAACAAAAGAUCUAAGGCCUCUGCCAAGAUCUUAGAAAUGGAGGACCUGGACGAUUAGAGAAGUCAGGGUUCGGCACCCCUCCCCGAGCCCAGGGUAACUCUUAAAGUGGAAGGGCAACCUGUUGAAUUCAUAGUGGACACUGGGGCACAACAUUCGGUUUUAUUACAACCCCAAGGAAAAUUGGCAAACAAAACUUCAUGGGUGCAAGGGGCCACGGGCACCAAACAAUACUCAUGGACUACCCGAAGAACUGUGGAUCUCGGCACGGGCCAGGUAUCCCACUCCUUCAUGAUCAUCCCUGAGUGUCCCUACCCCUUGUUAGGUCGGGAUUUGCUCACCAAGAUGGGGGCACAAAUUUGCUUCCACCUCGAAGGGGCAAAACUCCUAAACAAGAAGGGGCACCCAAUUCAGGUGCUUGUCCUGAGUUUAGAAGACGAAUAUCGUCUCCACCAAAUGCCCUCAGUGCCAAUGACUGACAUUGACCAUUGGCUGCGGGAAUUUCCCCAAGCGUGGGCAGAAACUGGGGGAAUUGGGCUGGCCCAGCAUCGGCCAGCCAUAUACAUAGAACUAAAGCGGGGGGCAGACCUUGUCAGGGUCCGCCAAUACCCCAUGCCUCUAGUAGCACGAAAGGGAAUCACACCCUACAUAGGGCGACUACUGGACUCGGGCAUAUUAAGGCCCUGCCAAUCGGCAUGGAACACUCCCUUGCUGCCAGUUCAGAAACUGCACUCUAACGAUUACAGGCCAGUCCAGGACUUGAGGGAAAUCAACCAGCGAGUAGAAGAUAUGCACCCUAUGGUCCCAAACCCAUACACCCUCCUCUCCACCCUGCCUCCAGACAAAACUUGGUAUACAAUAUUAGAUUUAAAAGAUGCCUUUUUCAGCCUGCCUUUAGCACCCAGGAGCCAAGACCUCUUCGCUUUUGAAUGAACGGACCCUGAGAAAGGCAUCAGUGGCCAGCUCACCUGGACUCGACUACCACAAGGAUUCAAAAAUUCACCGACCAUCUUCGAUGAGGCCUUACACAAAGACUUGGGUGAGUUCCGUUCCGAGCACCCACAUUUAACUUUAUUACAAUAUGUAGAUGAUAACCUGUUGGUGGUGAAGGACCAGGACACAUGCCUGCGAGGCACCAGGGACUUGCUCCAGACCAUAGCAGCCCUAGGAUACCGGGCCUCAGCUAAAAAAGCCCAGAUGUGCAGAACAGAGGUGAGCUACCUUGGGUACAAAUUAAAAGAUGGACAAAGAUGGUUGACAGAUGCACGGAAGGAAACCGUCUUAAGAAUCCCACAGCCGCAAACCGUCCGCCAGGUGCACAGAAUCAGAACUGAUCUCCAGGACCAGCCACUGCUGAAUGCGGACGCCACCUGGUACACGGACGGCAGCAGUUUUGUCCAAGAAGGACUCAGAUAUGCAGGGGCAGCCGUAACCACGGAGACGGAGACUGUCUGGGCAGAGCCACUGGCAGCUGGAAUGUCGGCUCAACGGGCAGAACUGAUCGCACUGGCCAAGGUGCUGACCAUGGGGGAAGAUAAACGAAUCAACAUCUACACCAACAGCAGGUACGCCUUUGCCACCGCUCACGUACAUGGAGCCCUUUACAGGGAGAGAGCUCUGACAGCAGAGGGAAAGAGUGUUAAAAACAAAACGGAGAUUCUUGAACUCCUGAGGGCCUUCUGGCUGCCCAAGACCCUAGCCAUCAUCCAUUGUCCAGGGCACCAAAAGGCAGACACGCCAGUAGCCAGAGGAAACUGGCUAGCCGAUAUAAAAGCAAAAGAGGUGGCCCUUCUGGUGACCCAGGUCUUAGCUACCAUGCUACCUGAUCCGGGGGCACCGACCCUGCCUGACACCCCCAAUUAUACUGAUGCUGAUUUACACUGGAUCAAACGCUUGCCUGUGACCCAGUGCUUGUGUGGCUGGUGGAGGGCCACAGACUCCAGCAUCAUCUUGCCAGAGAAACUAGGACGGCGAGUCCUAUCCAAAAUGCAUCGGAGUACUCACAUGGGAACAAGGAAGAUGGAAGACCUCAUACGACAUGCAAAGAUCAUCAUUAUAGACUCUCGAGCAAAGAUCGAACAGAUUGUGGCCAGCUGCCGCGCAUGCCAAUUAACAAAUGCCUCCGCCCAUGGAUCUAACCCAGGUACCCGGCUCCGAGGGGACUGCCCAGGAGCCUCCUGGGAAGUGGCCUUCACUGAGGUGAAACCUGGAAAAUACAGGUAUAGAUAUUUACUAGUGUUUGUAGAUACUUUUUCAGGAUGGACAGAGGCAUUUGCCACCAAACAUGAAACGGCACAGAUCGUGACCAAGAAACUGCUGGAAGACAUCGUACCGAGGUAUGGUUUUCCCGUUAGAAUUGGGUCAGACAACGGCCCAGGAUUCGUAUCUAAGGUAACACAGGGAGUGGCACUAGUACUUGGGGCAGAUUGGAAAUUACAUACAUUGUGCAUAUAGGCCCCAGAGCUCAGGACAGGUAGAGAGGAUGAA